CGGAGAUUGCGACUUGUGCGAACGAUACAUGUUGCUGACUGAGCAUCACUUGAUUCCUCGUUCGACGCACGACACUCUGCUGCGAAAAGGCCGCUUCGAAAAGCGCGAGAUGCUAACCAGAAUCUCGAUGCUCUGUCGCCCUUGCCAUUCCUUUGUCCACGCCCACAUUGAUGCCAUGGAGCUAGCACUGCACUACAACACCGUCGACCGACUCCUCGAGCAUCACGAAGUCUUCUCGUGGGCGCACUACGCCAGUGGGCUCAAAGAGAGAGAUCCGCGCUUCCGUCUGACUCAUGGCCUCAAGAACAAGCGGUGAUAACAGAGGGUUAA